AUGAAUAGAACUUCUCUCGCCAAAAGCUGGAAUGGCGCAACUUUAUUUCUCUUUGGUGAAAGUUACACCACCGACGGAAAUACCACUUUAGAUCAGACUGCAGCCAUUGAAAUCAUAUGUUCUACCUGCUAUGUCAAUGGCUCAGUCACCGGUGACUUGACACUUACCGGAGGCUUCAACUUCACCGAAGCCAUUGACAACGUCGGAGACGAAAUCUUGAAUAUCACAGAUACAGCCAUCGAUCAGCUAGAAACCUAUGUCAAAACUGUCGCUGAAGAUGCGGUUGAAGACAUCGUCAAUCUCGAUCUUGAGGCCAUUCCUUCCUGGCCGACCCUUGAUCUAGUCUUCAAUUUGGACAACGUUGCUGCUCUUCCAGAGGCCCAGAUCCACUUUGAGUUCGACGACUUAGAAUUGUAUCUUGAUCUUGACAUUAAACUGUCAGCAGGCGCCACAUACACGCUCAACGUAUUCUCAUCAGAGACCCCUGAGGGAUUCCGAGUCCCAGGUCUCACAGUGGGAGCGGUCUUUAGCGUGGACUUGAUCCUGAUCGCUGAUGCUGAGAUCGACAUUGGAAGCGGCAUUCAUAUCAAACUCGAGGAUGGGUUGAGCUUUGAUCUGGAGAUGUUCAAUUCAAACGUGUCAAGCAUUUCUGUUCCCGGCGGAAUUUACGAGUUUCUACCUGUCACUAUUGCUGGUGAAGGCUCCUUGCAAGCUAUUCUAAGCCUCAAGGCGAGCCUUGGUGUAGAUAUGUCUUCUAGCAGCCUGGAAGACGUGUUUACCUUCAGCGCUGGUGUUGAGGCCGAUGUUUUUGCCUACGUGGCCGAUUUUCUAUUGCAAGUCAACGGUUCUACGGCGGUAGAUGAUGGCGACUGCGAAUUAGCUGCCGUUGCAGAAUACACGAUGGCAUUUGGAGCAGCAGCUGGCGCCACAGUUGCGGUUGAGGAGUACUCCUGGGGUCCAUCGCCCAACACCACCGUCCCUGUCUGGUAUACCACCUUGGCUAGUGUCUGCGCAACGAGCAAGGCAUCAUCAACCACGUCCGCUAUGAUCACUGCUCGGGCAGAGCUUAAUGCACGAGAUGAUGUCUCCACGGCAGCUGUGUCGUCAACUGAGUCCUACACGAUCGUCAAUUGUCUCUCCUCGGGAAUAAUCAACUGUCCCGUGAAUCUGCAGAAUACUACUUCUUACCAGCGCAUCGUCACUUCAGAAGUCACCGUUCAAUCGGGAUCUUCGGCGACGUUCCCUGCUAACACGUUUGCCUCUGUCACGAGCGCAAUCCCAUUUGGAACGAAUGUGCGGAGUCUGCUUGCAACAUCAGGAUCUCCCACGUCCUAUAUUCCCGCAACCAGCACAUCAACUACAUCAGCAACGGGCGGUGGAAGCAGCGUUCUUGAUGGUACGACAAAUGGCACUAGCAAUAAGCUCAUCAUCGGGUUAAGUGUUGGCUUGGGAGUUCCAUUCCUGGCGGCUCUGAUCCUUGGAAUUGGAUUCUACAUUUUCAAGCGCAAGAAGUACUCUCUUGUGUCUCCACAGGUAGAGGCGACUCCCCAAUACUCACCGUCCAUGUCAUACGACUUCCCUGGCAUGCCGGGUACAAUGAAAGAUGCGACUCGGGUUCUCGCAACCGAGUCUUGA